GCGUAACUGUUACAUCAUUUAAAAAUUUUCAACUAAGCAAAAACAAGUCAUGAGAUUAAUCUGACUUUCAGAUGCCUUAUUCGUUGUUACGAUUUAAUGCCAUUAUGUAUAAUUCCAGGAACAUUUUCAAAUUGUGUUUCGUUUUUUGGAUAGGGUUAUCAAUAGCAAAUGGGCAAUGUCCAUCCAAUGAAGUCCCCUCCGAAUGUGAAGAUACAUGCAAUACAUGCGAUGGUGAUCAGAUAUGUCCAGAGUGGUGCAUACCAGGAUGCCAAUGUUUACCAGGUUAUUCAAGAGACAGCAACUUCAACUGCAUUCCGAAACAGUUUUGUACAGGAUCACCUGGCAGAAUUUCAUUAAAACCUGAUCCAGAAGUCUCAAGAUUAUUGUCGUGGGAGAAUAACAAAAAAGGAUGUCCGGACGAAAUACAAUGCAAAAAAAAUUGCCAACAGGAAAGUCCCAAUUUCGAUGGCAUAUGUACUGGACCUAAUAAAAAACAUUGUCAAUGCUACAUCUGCAAAGCUCCGAGUCCGAUUACGGACGCAGUUCCAACAAGUGGUGGUACAGAGGGCUGCCCAAAUCUCAUUAAAUGCUUCAGAAGUUGCACAAAACGAGGUUUUUCAUCUGGUCAGUGCAUCGGUCCCCAAAGAUUAAAUUGCCAGUGCCAGAACAGACCACGUGAGGCAUCUGACUCCCUUCUGUCUCCAACAACUAUCAGGGGAGGAUGCCCAGUAAGAUCUUUGUGCCUUGCCUUUUGUCAAGGAAGAGGAUUUAAUAGUGGCAUAUGCUUAGGACCAAAGAGUGAACUCUGCAAUUGCUUUAGUUCUGCUACUCCGCCUAGACCAUUACCAGGUCCUCCAGGAGGUUCACUGCCAGCUCCUAUAGGAGGUUCACUGCCAGCUCCUGUAGGAGGUCCACUGCCAGUUGGAGGAUUAUUAUCCCCAAAUACAGUAAGAGGAGGAUGUCCAAUAAAAUCCCUUUGUCUAGCAUUUUGUCAAAGCCGAGGUCUCAAUAACGGUAUAUGCUUAGGACCUAGAAAUGAAUUGUGCAACUGCUUUAGCGGUGGCCUCCCUCCGGUUCCAGCAUUGCCUCCUCAAAUUCAACCUCCUGUAACUAAUUAUCGCAGGCCAUCACCACCUGUACCCGUUCAACCACCUGCUCAUGCUCCACCACCUGCUCAUGCCUUCCCACCGACUUCAUGUCCAAAUAUUGCACUAUGUGUUUUGAAUUGUAGAUCACAAGGUAAAGUUGCAGGAUUUUGCACGGGAGUUGCCAGACGGAAAUGUGAAUGUGUAUAACUAAAAGUUAACCUAACUCUAUGUACAAAUUUCAAUAGUUCUCUAAUCUUACUUUGUAAAAUACUGCAUGAAAAAGAUACAAGAUGAACUCUUUAUUAGCUGAAUAGUUAAUAUUUUAAUUCAAAGCUGAACAUUCAAAAUACUAAUGUCAUUUUUAACUCUAUGUCUGUAACUUCUGUUUUGAUACAAUUCUUUAUUAAAAAUAAUUUAAUUUUAAA